GACUAGGUAAAUCACUUCACAGAGGUUAUCUGAGUCAAAAAAAAAAAAAAGGUUUUCUUUUCUGCUGAUUUUCCUCUUCAGCCGCCAUGGAUGCGGAGGCUGUCUUGAACCUCUUUGAUUCUUGCUGGUUUGAGGUUAACAUUUUAAGGACAAAUUCAAGUCCUCACACAUCAAUUACAAGUUAUACAGAAAAUUUAGAUCAUGUGUUAAAAGAAGAAAAAGAACCAAAGCUACCCUUGAUCCGAACCAGCCACACCAGAUCCAUGAGUGACCAAUUAUCCAUGACAACAACAAGCUUCAACCAAGAUUCUCUUUCACCUGACUCAGUGCUUCUUCUCCAUCCAAAGCUCCAAACCAUUCUCUCAGGAAAAGAAGCCACUGACUCAGAACCUGAUGAGAACCCAAGAACGCAGGUUAGGCCUCAUCCUGAGGUGUUGUGUCCUAAGAAGAACAAAAAAAUCUCAAGCAGUAGAACUAGGAAGAGGAGGGAGAGCAAGAGUUUGUCAGACCUUGAAUUUGAGGAGCUUAAAGGGUUCAUGGAUCUGGGUUUUGUUUUCUCAGAGGAGGAUAAAGACUCAAGCUUGGCUUCAAUUAUUCCUGGGUUGCAAAGGCUACGGAAGAAGGAAGAGGAAGAAGAAGAAAAUGAAGAUUGUGAUGAGAUAAGUGUUCCAAGGCCUUACCUUUCUGAAGCAUGGGAGGUUCAGGAAUAUGAUAGGAGAAAAAAAGAGAACUCUUUGGUGAAUUGGAAAAUGCCUGCUAUCAACAAUGAAACUGACAUGAAAGAAAGUCUUAGAUGGUGGGCUCAUACUGUUGCUUCCACUGUCAGAUGAUGAUGCACUUGUUCAUAAUCCAAAAAUUUUCUUCUUUUUUCUUUUGUUUCGUAUAUACAUUUUUCUUGUUCUUUUUUUAAUUUUUUUUUUCUGGAAUCUGGCAUUCCACAAAUUUGUCACCUGUAAUUUUAGACUAAACAAAAGAAGAAAUUUCACUCUGCAUUUCAGAUUUA